AUCCGCGCCCACACCAUUGUCCAAGCAGCAACGCCUCUGAUCCAACCUCCUCGAGCCUUUCCAGAGUCGAAGCAGAGCAAGGCAAGAACCAGCGAGGGCGCCCGAUCAGGUACCAGGACGCCGAUGAUGGCGGAGUGGUGGUGGUUCCUCAUCAUUAACGCGGUCGUCGCCGCCAUCGCCGUGCUGUCCUCCCUGCAGCGGCCACCUCUGUCGUCGCCCCGCCGCGGCGGGGUCACGCGCAGGGCCUCGUCGGUGGUGCUGCAGCGUCUCCGCUCCUUCCCCAUCUUCUCCUUCCCGUCCGCCUGCUUCCCGUUCCUUCAGCCCGACGCCGCCGCCUCCCAAGAAACAGAGGAGCCAGCGAUGGCAUCACCCACCAAGCCGUCCCCGCGCGCGCUCGCUCUCGCGCCACCGCCCGCGCCGGCGGCAGAGAACGAAGACGAGGACGAUGAGGACCCGAACGCAAUGAGCAUGGAGGAGGUCUACGCGCUAGUGCUGGCGGGGUGGCGGCGGCCUGAGCGGGAGAGGGAGGAGGAGGCGAGGAGGUCGGAGGUGGACGGCCAGGAGGAGGAGUUCAUCCGGGGGUUCAGGGAGGACCAGCGGCAGCAGCGGCUCAACUCCAUCUUCAACUACACCCAGAUGCUCAAGCAGCGCGCGCUCGCCGCUGCCGGCCGACGGCAGCCGGAUGCCCGGCCAGAUCAGCUUUGACUCACGUGGUCAUUUCGUUCAGAUGUUGGUCAGCGUUUUAAGGGAGACCAAUUCUGUUUUGAUUUGUUGUUGAUUUGUACAUAAACUAGCAUAUAGUCUGCAGGCGUUUGUAUAGUUUGAGCAGAUUAUUGUUUUUUUUUUUUUUUUUGCCUUGCACAUUUGCGCGCAUGCUAUUGUUUUGUUGUUGGCACAUUUCAUUUGUUCUUUGAAAGAGGUCAGUAAUAAUUUAUAUGUACCAAUUGGAUAA